CGACUUCCUGUAAAAAAUUUUACAACAUCUAUAUCAUAAAGACCAUUUUAUCGUCAGUUUGUUUCCAGAAGAUCUACAACUUAAGAGAACUAGUAACCCACUUUGAAUGAAGAUAGAGAAUAAUUCAACGACAUCAAGAUCAACGACUGAGGAGUGAAGAUGCAAACAGCAAUAGUAAAUGGAAGAGACAGUGUUAACUUUACGAUUAAUGGAGUAUCGCACGAAGUAUCAGAAUGCAUACCAGCUAGGACAUCCCUCAAUGUCUACAUCCGCGAUUAUGCGGAACUCCGCGGCACAAAAGCGAUGUGCCACGAGGGUGGUUGCGGCGCCUGCAUUGUAGCUGCGAAAAUCAAGGGCAAGACAAUGGCCGUGAAUUCCUGUCUUGUGCCGAUAAUCAUCUGCGACGGAUGGGCUAUUACCACGAUCGAGGGUUUAGGUAACAGACGAGAUGGUUACCACAAGAUUCAAGCCACGCUUGCUGUCAACAAUGGUUCGCAAUGUGGAUAUUGCUCUCCCGCAAUGGUCAUGAAUUUAUACAGUCUCAUUCAUGACAAAAAGUUAUCAAUGCAUCAAAUCGAAAAUUCGUUCGGAGGCAACAUUUGUCGAUGUACCGGGUAUCGUCCGAUUUUGGAUGCGUUCAAGGCAUUCGCCAGCGAUACACCGCCGUCAACAAGGGAGAAUAUUCGCGACAUUGAGGAAUUGUACAAGAUAAAAGCUUGCCCGAAAUACGGAAUUCCGUGUGCAGGUAGUUGCUGCGAAGCAACUAAAGAACUAUCCGAGGGAAACACAACGUUGAACAUAAAGUCACCGGACGCGAAAUUCUACAAACUUUAUUCGAUCGAUGCUCUCUUUGCGGUAUUUCGGGAGAGUCCAACAGCUACGUAUAUAUUAUAUGGAGGAAAUACUGCGCAUGGUGUUUAUCGCUCAAGCAAAAAAGAUCUCUACAUUGACAUAAACGACAUCUCAGACUUGAGUCGCGUCGAAAAGACUGACAACUCACUGAUUCUGGGCGGAAACGUAACCCUCACCACAGUGUUAGAGGCCUUCCAGACGUACUCGGUCGAGGACAGUUUUCAAUAUUUGCGUCAAUUAGCUCGGCACGUAGACUUAAUCGCAAAUGUGCCAGUGCGAAAUAUUGGCACCAUCGCCGGCAACCUGAUGAUCAAGCACGAACACAAUGAAUUUCCAUCCGAUAUGUUUUUGAUAUUAGAAACCGUCGGGACUCAAGUACAUGUCCUCGAGGCACCAGAUAACAAGGAGAGUGUGACGCUGCUAGAAUUUCUGAAGCUCGAUAUGUCACACAGGAUCAUCUAUAGCGUUGUCUUGCCACCGCUAUCUUACGAGUACGAGUACAGAUCCUACAAGAUCAUGCCUAGAGCCCAGAACGCUCACGCUCACGUCAACGCCGGCUUUCUCUUCAAGCUCUACCCUACAGGCGAGGUGCUAGAGAGGCCCAACAUUAUCUAUGGAGGUAUCAACAAGGAUUUUUUUCACGCGACGAACACGGAGCUAAUGUUGAUUGGAAAAUCAAUCCUAGACAAUCAGGUUCUAAAGUCCGCUUUGAAGACGUUGCAUGAUGAACUGAAUCCCGACCAUGUGCUACCAGAUUAUUCGCCGGAAUUUCGCAGAACUCUUGCCGAAGGAUUAUUUUAUAAGUUUGUGUUAAGUAUCAAACCGGAGAAUGUAAAUUCCAGACUUCGUAGCGGAGGUUUCUUGCUAGAACGAGGUCUCUCUUUAGGUAUGCAAGAUUAUGACACGAAUACGACAUUGUGGCCUGUGAAUGAGCCCUUAACAAAGUUAGAUGCUAUCGAACAGACAUCGGGGGAGGCUCAAUAUUGCAAUGAUCUACCUCCAUACCCUAGAGAAGUGUUUUGCGCUUUUGUUGUCACGAAAAUUAGUAGCGGCAAAAUCGUCAGUAUAGAUGCGAGCAAGGCGCUUGGUAUGAAGGGUGUAGUGGCGUUCUUCAGCGCCAAGGACAUACCGGGAAAGAAUCUAUUUAUUUCGGCCGCCAGCAAGAUGAUCUUCUUGCAGCAGGACGAGUUGCUUUUCGCCGCUGAGGAUGUUUUGUAUACUGGUCAGCCGGUCGGCGUGAUCGCCGCGGAGACGCAUAGUUUGGCAAACGAGGCCGCAGAAUUGGUGGAAAUUAAAUAUACCAAUCCUCUGCAAACAAAGCCGGUGAUAAGCAUCGAGGAUGCACUUGCCACGCAGGACAACACUAGGUUUAUGCAGAGUGUCAAUACUCCAGCGAAGAAGAAAGGAGGAAAUACUAAACAAGUGAUAAAGGGCGUUUUUCAAUGCGGAGGUCAAUAUCACUUCACCAUGGAAACUCAGUCCUGCGUAUGUGUUCCUGUGGAGGACGGUAUGGCCGUCUAUCCAUCAUCGCAAUGGAUGGACCUUACUCAAGUAUCGAUCGCGAAUUGUCUCAAUGUUAAGAAUAACAGUAUCAAUGUGUACGUCAGACGAGUAGGUGGUGCAUACGGAUCAAAAAUCUCACGCAACACGCAAAUCUCGUGUGCUUGCGCACUGGUAUGUCACAAAUUGAAUCGUCCAGCGCGAUUCGUCAUGACGAUAGAGAGCAACAUGCAAUCGGUAGGCAAGAGGUAUUCCACGCGUCAAGAAUAUGAGAUUGGAGUGGACGAUGACGGAGUUAUCCAGUAUCUUAACUCGAAACAUUGGGGCAACUGCGGUUCUAGUUUCAACGAACCACAAGCUUCUGCGGUGGUUUCCUACAUUCAAAAUAGCUGCUAUGCUACGGAUAGUUGGACGUUCAAUGGAUUCGAGGUGCGAACCGAUGUACCGUCAAACACUCACUGCCGGGGGCCGUCAGCCACGGAAGCAAUAGCCAUGGCGGAAAAUUUAAUGGAGCAUAUUGCGAAAGUGACAAAAAAGGAUCCGGUACAGGUCAGAUUGGCGAACAUGAACGACACGGAUAAGGCCGCAUUAGAAACCAUGAUAAAGGAUUUGUCGAAGUCGGCCGAUUACGAGAUACGGAAACGGGCCGUUGAGAUGUUCAACAACGAGAAUCGUUGGAAGAAAAAGGGAAUCGCCAUGGUGACGAUGAGGUAUCCGAUUAUGUUUCUAGGGCAAUUCAGCGCGAUGGUAUCGGUCUGCGCUCGCGACGGUUCGGUCUGCGUAACGCAUGGCGGAAUCGAGGUCGGACAAGGUAUAAAUACCAAGAUCGCCCAAAUAGCAGCCCGCACACUGGGCAUCGAUCUCGAAUUAAUCUCGAUUAAACCAAGUAAUAAUUUAGCAACACCCAACAACACGGUUACAGGGGGCAACAUUACUACGGAGACAUGCGGAUAUGCAACGAUCCGAGCUUGCGAAGAGAUUCUGCGGAGACUCGAGCCGACGAGAAAGGAAAUGAAUAAUCCAAGCUGGAAGGAUCUCGUCUUUGCGGCAUAUCAAAAGGACGUUGAUUUAUGCGCACGUUAUAUGAUGGCGGCGGCACAGAACGACACGAUCAAACCUUACAGCAUUUACGGUGUCACUAUCGCCGAAGUGGAGAUUGAUAUGUUGACCGGUCAGCACAUUAUCAGAAGGGUCGAUUUGAUGGAAGAUGCCGGUGUAAGUUUGAAUCCGGAGCUGGAUGUUGGCCAGGUGGAAGGAGCUUUCGUAAUGGGAAUAGGAUACUGGACUUCUGAGGAUCUGGUGUACGAUCCUAAAACAGGAGUAUUAACGAAUGACAGAACAUAGAAUUAUAAACCGCCAGGAGCGAAGGAUAUUCCUGAAGAUUUCCGUGUAUUCUUACGCAAGAAGUCGGCCAACACUGUCGGUAUCUUUGGCUCAAAAGCAACCGGUGAACCACCGCUUUGCAUGAGUUACGUGAUUCCGAUCGCGAUCCGCAACGCAUUGAAUUCCGCUAGGGCGGACGCAGGGAAUACGGACGAGUGGUAUCGAUUGGAUGGAUCAUGCACCACCGAGCGUAUACUUCUAACCAGUUUAACCAGCAAGGAUGGCAUGGUACUUUGAGAGGAAAAGUAAGAUUCAUUCGCAAAUGCUUAAAAUAAUCCUGUACUUAUUCGCUUUUGAUCGUUUCCUAAGUGGAAUAAAUUUCGAGGUCCUGUAUGGCAAGAAAAUUUAUCUAUGUUUCGUCGAUACAAAAGAGGAUACUAAUGAGAUCAUUCGAUUAGUUAACAGGUUCUUAACAUAACUAAGGUAUAACUUCCGUUUUAUGGUAAAUAAUUUCAAUAAAUAUUCUCUAUUAAACGCCAUUGAUGUGCUACAUAGUAAAUAUUACAACAACAUAUCUGCAGUGUGUAAUUGGCAUUAAUGUGUGAUAAUAUAAUAUAAAGUAUGUCGUAAAUAA